AUGUUACCUGAAGGAUGGGGUCUGAUUUCUACAAGUAAUCUUAUUGUACAAGUAAGUAGUGAACUUAUAUCUCAGUAUAUCGCACUGUUUAUAGUAUUAUACAUAGCACUCUCUGUAGCAAUGUAUACAGUAAUUUUUAUAAUAAUGUAUUAAUGUAUAAUAUAUAGCACUUUUUACAGUAAUAUAUAUCACUCUAUAGUAAUAUACCAUUACUUUAGUAAGAACUUUCGACUUUUUUGUAGGGAUCAGUCUUAAUAACGAUAAUCUACGCCAUGGUGGACCACUACACAGAAAUAAAAAUGCCAAAAACUAGCCUAAUCAUCGUAUCUUUAUGUAUGUUAACGUUUACUGUGAUCCCUAUAGCAUUUUACAACGAUGUCAGCGUAGAGAUUGGUGGAAAGCAACGGUCGAUAGUAUUGUACAUAUGCAUGUUUAUUAUUGGAGCUUUUUCUAUGUUAUCUGAUGUGUUAUUCAUUCCAUAUCUGAAGAAUCUACCUGAGAUUUACUUUCAAGCCUACUUUUUGGGCAUGGGAAUGAGUUGUAUUGGACCUGGUGUGAUGAGUGUUGUGCAAGGUACAGUUUAGGGCAGGGUUAAGUCGGAUAAGGUAUCGUAGUGUAGAAUAAGGUAAGGUAAAGUAGAGUAGGGUAUGGUAGGGUAAGGUAAGAUACUUUAGGGUAGUGUAUGGUAGAAUAGGUUACGGUACGAAAGGGUAGGCUAAAUAAAGUAAAGCAUAUCUAAAAACUUAUCCAUCUUCAGACGGCUCAUCCUACGAUUGUGUACCAAUAGCACCAAACUCAACCGAGUUAGAGCCACAAUUUAGAAAAAUUCGCUAUAGUGUCGAGGUCUAUUACAUUAUCGUAUUUCUUUGGUCAUUGGCCGGCACUAUAUCAUUUUUACUUAUACAUCUUUGUCGAGAAAAGAUUGAUAUGUUAUGGUAUGGAGCAUCAUAUUCUGAAGGAAAUGAGAAAAAAGUUAAAGAAUUAGAAAAAGAAGAAAUAGUGGAAGAAUUAAUAGAAGAAAAAGGAGAAUUUGAUGUAGAAGAUUGGAUGCUAAUGGUUUGCGUAGCAAUAGUGACAGGAACGUUGAACGUUCUUAUGCCAAGCAUUCAAAGCUUUGUUGCUUUGCCUUACUCCACAGUAAGUCAAUCCUGUCCGGCUCUACCAUACCUCACCCUACCCUAAUUUACCCUACUCUUUCCUACUCUACCCUACCUCACGCUAUUCUGCCCUACAUUAGCUUACCCUCCCCUAUCCUGCCCUACUGAUCUAAAAAAUUUCAGCAAACCUAUUUCUGGUCCCUGAUACUAGGUGCAGGUAUUCAACCAAUAGUAUCUAUUGUAGCCCACUUCUGGCCAGUUUAUAGUACUUCAAUACUAACUACAUGCACUCUUUUGGCUAUGUCCGUAUUAGGGUUAUGUUUUGCUAUUGCCUUCCAAAGCCCACAUCCCUGGCUAGCUGACACGAGCUUUGGUAGUGUUACUGUGGUAUGUUUUGUAGUAUACAAUAAUUUUUUUAUUACUUCAACUCCUCCUAAUGAAGAUUUGAACUGUUACAGGUGUGUCUAAUCACGUUCGUAUUUGGUUUGGCGUAUUACUGCAAGAGCGCAUUGUUCGAAGCGUUGAGUCAUCGAUCUCCAACCGACGAAUCCAAACAUCGUCGACUAUUGUUCGCCGGAUUCAUGGGGCAAAUCGGCGCAGCCAUCUCCACCGCCAUUAUAUUUCCAUCGGUUAAUAUCUUUGAGCUUUUUGACAGCGUUCCACCUUGUUAA